UCCUCACUAGAUGUGACAUAUCUUGUUGACAAAUAGUUUUUAUUUUCUUUUAAUUUUUUUUUUUUUUUUUAAAUAAUGUUUAGUUCGUUUAUUUUUUUUAUUGUUUAAAUAAAGUGAAAAACAGUUGUUGUUGUUGUUGAAAAAGUUUUGUUUUUUAUAAAAUUCUUAUUAAAAAUGUCGAAUCAAGAGAAAAGUAUAAAAAGCCAUGAAAGGAAUUGUAUUAGUAUUGAUCGGUUUGGAGAUCAGGGUGGAUACUUUGAUGUUGUCGUGAAACCAAUGUUACAACAAGGCCACGAGGGUGAAUUAUGCGGGUGGUUGAGGGAAAUGAGUUUACUUCGAACGUUUGUCGCUUGUCCACAAGAAGAAUGUAAUGGACGAAAUUUAAUUUGGCGACCGGCAAGAGUCAUUGAUAAAUACAAAUGGAUUUGUCCUGAUUGCAAAGCCGUACAAUCAAUUAGAGAUAAUUCAUUUUUCAUAACUAUUAAAUGUGAAUUAAAAAUGUGCCUUCAAAUUAUUUUAGCAUGGUGUCAACAAGUACCGAGCGAAGUCACAGCAUCCAAUUUAGGAGUAAAGGAGCAUGUGGUGAAAAAAGUUUACGAACGAUGUGUAAAAGUAGUGGAAAAUUAUGUUCAAAAACAUCCAGAGGAAUGGAUUUUAGGUGGACCUGGUUCAAUUAUAAUUGUCGAUGAAUUUCCCGGUGGUUAUAUGUCGGAAAAUUCUUUUGACAAUACAAAUAAUAGAAAACGAAAUAAUAAUUCACACAGUAUUUUAUGUAUUGCUGAAACAAAUCUUUCAUUUGGUCUUCCUGUAGUUCGACCUCGAAUAUGGUUGCAUAUGAUAAAAGCUAGUCCAGUGCCUUCGAAAAUGGAUGAAAAUGAAUCAUUUACUAAAAGUAAAUGCGGAAUGGUGGAGGAAGCUUUAAGUGAAAUUGUUAAACAUGUCGCACGAGGAAGUUACAUUGUUGCAAAUGGUCGUGCACGUUGUUGUAAUUAUGAAUCAGUCAAAGAAUUGAAACAGUAUCACGUUAUUAGUGUUGAAUAUCUACAAAAAUUUGAUUCCAACAGUGUUAAACUCGCCUCUACAUUAGAAACGAUUUGGCAAACCGGAACCGAAAUUUGCGAAGAAGUUCAAGACGCGACACGUUCAUUUGGUAAGAAUAUUCUUGCAACUUAUUUAUGGAGGCAGAGAUUUGGUAUUUCGCCAUUUCAAACAAUUUUAAAUCAAAUAGCAGAGAACUAUAAAUUCACGUAAUUUGAAUUUUUUUUUUAACCCAAAAAUAUAACUAGCGCAUUUUUUUCACUCCAAAGAAAAGCGUGCAACAUUUUUUGCACGAAACCAUUUGCAAUAUAAGAUUAUAAGUUGAUUUAAUAUUCAAGUCCCUAUAUUAAUAAUCACGUCACUUUUUUUUAAUUUAAAUUGGCAUCAAUUCACAAAAAAAAAAUGUCUUCAAAGGAUAAACAAUUUUCAUAUUAUAAAAAAAGGGAAGGAAAAAUUUUGUAAUGAAAUUUAUAGAUAAUAGUUUAAAAAAGAAGAAAGUUUAUAGAUAUAAAUAUUAACAAAAAAAUUUUUAAAAAUUUUAAUUAUCUUAUUUUAUAUGAUUGACAAAAUUUAUAAAUAUGGCUAAAUUUUAUUGAUACUAACAAAAAAUUUUUUUUUUAUAGAUACUAAUAAUUAUUUUUUAUAUAGAAUUGACAAAAUUUAUAGAUUUAAUAUAGUAGUUGAUGAAAAUUUAUAAUUAGAAAUAUUUUUAUAAUAGACAAUUUUGUCUAGAAAGUUGAUAUUAACGAAAAAAAAAAUUAAUUUCUGUUUUUCUUUUUAAAAAUAUUGUAAGUUUUAACGAAAAUUUUCUUCCAUUUUGAUUUAAUUAAUGUCAAAGAGGCUAUAUACUCGAGUUUCGAUAAAAAUUAAAUGUAAUAAUCGGACUUGAAACUCUUAGUGUGUAAUUAAUUUUAGAGAGAUUAAUUGAUAUUAUAUGUUUGAAAGUGAAACAUAACAAUGUCUUCCAAAACAUUUUUAUAUAUUUUUCCAAUAACAUGAUAUUAUAGCAGUGCCUUUAAAACUAAAAAAAAAAAUAACAUCUCUAUAUAUUAAAUGUUAACAGAUCGUUACAGAUUUAUAUCAGAAAGUUAAUUCAUAAUAGGCGACUCAUUCUGUUUUUGUUUGACAGAAAAAAAAAAAUCUUGAUUAACAUCAUUAAUUUCAAUAUGAGAAAAAAAUAUAAUAAUUUUUGUUUAUUACUUAGACCUAUUUUAACUCCAACAAUAAGUGUUGCACAAUUAAAAAAAAAAAAAAAAAAGAAAGAAAGCACAAAGUUGUUACAUAUAAUCACCAAAAAUUUAAGUAUUUAGUGUUAAGUGCAAUUAGUUUAUUUUUAUUACUAAAAAUACAAACUAUCGUUUCAAUUUGCACAAUCAAGUUUUUUAUUAAUAUUAAAUUUAAUUUUAAUCAUUUAUAAAAAUUAUUUUAAAAAUUCUUUUAUUUGUACGUUAUUAUAUUGACAGUGAAUUAAUUUUUAUUGUUAUAUAUUUCAAAUUAAUAUUAAUAUUUCACUCUGUAUG